AUCAUGUUUUUGUUGUAUAGGAUGCUCCAAAUUAAAUUUUAUGAUCAUUCCGAUCUUACCAUUGCACAAUUCUUACAUAUCGGAUAUUAAGAACCACUGUUAAUUGAACUAUUGUCUUGUUAUGACAAGAACAAGAAAACAGCAUUAGAGUAUUCAUACAUUUACAUUCUCGAGUGUAAGACAUGAACUUUUAUAGCUACAACAAAAAAUAAAGUGAAAAUGAGAACAAUGGUUAUUUCUCAAUUGCAGCUAAAGCACAUAACAAGAUGGACGUUUCAAGAUUUAAUCUUGCUUCCAUUUCGACCAAAAGGGUCAUCUUCAUGCCAUUUAUUUUCUUCACAAAACUAUCAAAAUAAGAGCUUCAGCAUUGUUCCGAGACAAAAGGUUCCUCUUCUUCCAUGUGAUGCUGCAUUUUGUUGUCGUCAUUUUUGCAUCGCCACUCAUCUGUUUGAUAAAAUGCCACAAUGGGAUGUAAGAGAGGUUCAUUUUGAGUUUCUUGCUGAUUGCAUUAAAUUGUCCCUGAAAAAACCUAACAUUUUGACAGCCACUAUUGUCCAUUGUGCUGCAUUGAAAAUAGGUGUUCUGGCUCACCUCCCAACUUCAACAUCUCUACUCACUCUUUAUUCCAAAGCUGGAAACUUUACCUCUUCUAGGGUUUUCUUUGAAGACAUUCACAACAAAGAUGUGAUUGUUUGGAAUGCUAUUAUUUCAGCAUCUCUUCAAAACAACUGCUAUAAGACAGCAAUAGAGUUCUUUAAGAAAAUGGUCAAGGCUCAAACUAGGUUUGAUUCCACCACUCUAUUGCUUAUGGUAUCAACUUUGCUACACAUGAAAAACUUUGAUCAAGGAAAGUCAAUUCAUUGUGUGAGUAUAAAAUAUAUGAUGCUUGUGGAUAUUAGUUUAUGUAAUGCUUUUAUUGACAUGUAUGCUAAGUUUGGUGACCUAAACUCUUCUGAGUGUCUCUUUGAAGAGAUGGAAUAUAAAGAUGUUGUUUCAUGGAACUCGAUAAUGAGAGGAAGUCUUUACAAUGGUGAUCUGGAGAAAUCGUUGCGUUACUUCCAAAGGAUGAGUUUUUCGGGAGAAACAGCAGACCAUGUUGGACUUUCUUGUGUUAUUUCAGUGUGUUCAAGUUUGAGAGAAUUGGCAUUUGGACAGUGUGUUCAUGGUCAAGGAAUCAAGCUAGGAUACAUGGAUAGCUCUCGUGUUUCGGUCGCAAACUCUCUCAUUUCGUUGUACUCGCAAUGUGAAGCCGUCGAGGUUGCCGAGACUAUCUUCGGAGAAAUAGCAUACAAAGAUAUUGUUUCAUGGAAUGCAAUGAUGGAAGGAUAUGCUUCAAAUGAAAAUAUUCAUGAAGUAUUUGAUCUUCUGGUUGAAAUGCAAACUACAGGACCUUUCCAGCCUGAUAUAGUAACAUUAACUACCAUACUUCCACUUUGUGCAGAAUUAAUGCUAUCCAGAGAAGGAAGAACUGUCCAUGGAUUUGCAAUUAGAAGACAAAUGUUAUCCGAUCAUCGUCCUUUGCUGAACGGACUUAUAGACAUGUAUUCGAAGUGCAACCUUGUCGCGAAAGCCGAGCUCUUGUUCAAUUCUACUACAGAGAGAGACUUGGUCUCAUGGAAUGCAAUGAUAUCUGGUUAUUCUCUAAACAAGUAUUCUGAAAAGGCUCAAAAUUUGUUCAAAGAACUUAUUUGUUCGGGUCGGAAUUGCACCUCAUCAACCGUUUUCUCUGUGCUUUCUUCAUGCAACUGUCCUAAUAGUCUAUACUUUGGUAAAUCAGUUCACUGCUGGCAAUUAAAAGCCGGUUUUUUGCACCACAUUCUCUUAAUAAAUUCUCUCAUGCACACGUAUAUCAACUGUGGAGACCUCACUGCUGGUUUCUCGAUUUUGCAAGAGAAUUCUGAUAUAGCAGAUAUUGCUUCAUGGAACACUAUAAUUGCAGGUUGUGUAAGAAGUGACCAUUUUCAAGAGGCUUUAGAGACUUUCCUCAGGUUAAUGAGACAAGGACCUCUUUUCAACCAUGACUCCAUAACCCUUGUAAAUGUUUUAUCAGCAUGUGCAAACAUGGAACUACUAAAUCAAGGAAAAACUCUCCACAGCAUUGCACUUAAAUCUCCUUUCGGAUCAGAUACUCGGGUUCAGAACUCGUUAAUUACCAUGUAUGGCAGAUGCAGGGACAUCGACAGUGCUAGAAAAGUGUUCAAAUUCCAUUCUAAUUCCAACCUAUGCACAUGGAAUUGCAUGAUCUCAGCUUUAUCUCAUAACAAAGAAAGUAGAGAAGCAUUGGAACUAUUCCAUUGUCUUCAGUUUAAACCGAACGAGUUCACCGUUGUUAGCAUUCUCUCCGCUUGCACACAAAUCGGCGUUCUAAGACAAGGAAAACAAGUUCAUGCCUAUAUGUUCAGGUCAGGAUAUCAAGAAAACUCUUUCAUAUCGGCCGCUCUUGUAGACUUCUACAGCAACUGUGGAAGACUAGACAAUGCUGCUCAAGUAUUCAGACAUUCGCAGAAAUCGGAAUCGGCUUGGAAUUCAAUUAUUGCUGCAUAUGGAAAUCAUGGAAAUGGUGAAAAAGCAAUCAAACUAUUCAAUGAGAUGUGCAAAUCUGGAACAAAAGUAACCAAAAGCACAUUUGUUAGUCUUUUAUCUGCAUGCAGCCAUUCAGGACUUGUGAAACAAGGACUUAUGUACUAUGAAUGUAUGUUUGAGAAAUAUGGCAUACAACCUGAGGCUGAUCAUCAAGUUUACGUGGUCAACAUGUUAGGACGAUCAGGUAAACUUGAUGAAGCUUAUGAGUUUACAAAAGGGUUGCAAUGUUCAGGUGUAUGGGGAAUGCUUUUGAGUGUAUGCAACUAUCAUGGAGAAGUUAAGUUGGGAAAAAAAGUUGCUGAACGACUCUUUGAAAUGGAACCUGAAAAUGUUGGAUAUUAUAUAUCAUUGUCAAAUAUGUAUGUUGCUGCAGGGAGCUGGAAAGAUGCCACUGAGUUGAGACAAUCUAUAUGUGACCAAGGAUUGAGAAAAUGUGCAGGUUAUAGUCUUAUUGAUGUUGGUUUGGGAUAAAUUUCAAGGUUAAUACAUUGGCACAUGCAUCUUGCAAAGGAUAGUACCACCUUCAUCUUGUAUAUAAGAACUAUUUGACUCCUAAAUCUCGAGAAUUAAAAAAAUUGAUAGUAAUAUUAAAUUUGUCAGCAUUUGAUAUUGUUUGA